GUCCUCGACGUCGCGAUGCUCGGUUACACCUUCUUGGCGAUCUGCGUUGCAUCGUGGGUUUCGGCGCUGAUUGAUCCGGCACCAGUUUUACCCAAGUUUGGAAAGCCUUUGGACAAUCUAACAGUUUCCGUCGGUCGUGAGGCCACCUUCACCUGCAUCGUCGAGGAUCUUGGUCUUUACAAGGUGGCGUGGCUCCGAGUCGACACGCAGACCAUUCUAACGAUAGCCAGUCACGUGAUCACAAAGAAUCACCGGAUCGCAGUGACGCAUAGCGGGCAUCGCACGUGGUCCCUGCACAUACGUGACACGCGAGAAACGGACCGUGGCUGGUACAUGUGCCAGGUGAACACCGACCCGAUGUCCAGCAACACGGGCUUCCUGGAUGUCGUCGUGCCCCCGGACAUCCUGGACUACCCAACGAGCACGGAUAUGGUCGUCCGCGAAGGCAGCAACGUGACGCUUCGGUGCGCCGCUACCGGGACUCCAACACCCUCGGUGACGUGGCGCCGCGAGGACGGCAAUCCUAUAAUUGAGUUCAGCACGCAGGAAGCCACAAGCACCGAAGGUCCGGAAUUGGAGAUAGUGCGCGUCAGCCGGCGUCACAUGGGUCCCUACCUCUGCAUCGCGUCGAACGGAGUGCCGCCGACAGUCAGCAAACGGAUAGUCCUCAUCGUGCACUUCCCACCGAAGGUUUGGGUUGGAAAACAAUUGGAGGGUGUUUACGAGGGCCAAACAGUGACGCUUGCCUGUCGCAGUGAGGCAUUUCCGAGGCCCAUUACCUACUGGACCAGGCCAACAAAUGAGAUCAUCAUCAACGAUGAUAACUUCAAAAUUGCCUCAAGCUCCACCGGAUACGAGAGCGUGAUAGAGUUAACGAUUCGAGCUGUGCAGUUACAGGAUCUUGGAACGUUUAAGUGCGUCGCCAAAAACGCUCUUGGAGAAACAGAGGAUACAAUUAAAUUAAACAGGAUUGCCGCGCCAUCGACAACGCACAGACCAAACGCGAGAAGGGAGUCAAAAAAAUCCUGGAUAAGUGAAUUCAAUCAGGAGAAAAAGGCUGCCGCGACGAAGGGCAGCUCAAUGGGAAACGGCAUCGACAACGGUGACGGGGACGAGGAGCUGACAGAUUUUGACUCGGCGACGUCGUCGUCAACGACGAGUCGCCAUCUCCUCGUUCUUGGAAUGGCAACCAUCAUCACAAUUCUUGGGGGAAGAUUUCCAACAUAAAUUUAAUUAGCGUUUAAAAUUGAAAAAAAAUUGUUGGUAAUUUUGUAUGUGCAAAUCCAAUGAUUAGGUACAACGUGUACGUGAAUUUAUGCGAGACGUGUUUGAAGAGGGGAGAAAACGAAAUAAUUAUGCGAAAGAAAGUUUUGGAAAUUUUGUGGACACUCUAAAGCACGUGUGUUUUUUGUUUAAAAUCGAAUCAACUUUGUUCGCCAAACUACUUCAGAUGUUGAUAGAUAAGUCUUAAGCGAAGUAUCAGAUGCUGUUUUUUUCAAUCCAAUUUGACGUACGGAGGUGUAGAAGAAGUAUGAUGCUAAAAAUUUUGUCAAAAUUAGUAGCCAAAAAUAUUGUGCCACCAAUUCAAUUUGCAAAAGGAUUAUAGUAUCGUCUGAUUUAAAAGCAAUAUAAUAGAUAUUCCGCAUUAAUGAAACAUUGAUUACGAAAUUCUUCGUUCUAGUUCAACGAAACCUAAUUUCCAAUUCACAAUACGAAUAAAUAUAGGCUGCGGAGUAAUUGUGGAAAAUUUGUUUCGUUAUAAAUGUGAAUUUCGUGUUCGGUGUUGUGAUAACGAUUAUGUCCUGCAUUUAACAACAUGGAAUAAUUUUACAGCGUUCAAAUUAAAUUAGUAAGCAAUGACGAACAGAAGUUACUUGAAAUAUGGUUUAACAAUAAGUCAAAUUACCUCCACCCGGGUGUUCUAAAUUCAUCCUUCAAAUUCACUUAACAAUAAAACCGUUCGAACGACUUUAUUUUCAACUUCGUCAUUUCAAUGAAUUUCACAGGAAUAUAUGGUAAAUUCCUAGCCGUUUCAAGUAGACUUCAGACAAUAACGAUCCUUUACCAACGACAAUGUCUGGCAGGUUCGUCAAUGAUACGCAUAUACAUUUCAUAGUUGGUUUUCCAAUCUGAUUAUUCUCGCAACCCGAUGUAAAGCCCUACAUUUUCUGUCUCGUUUUUAAUUAAAAGUAAACGAGGCAAGACUCUGGCCCUAUUUUAAAUCACAACUUAAGCUCAAGGUAAAGAUCUCCAAUGUGCGAACGAACAAUGAACAAAGUUUUGAUACUUUGCGGCAAAAUAUUCGGUUAAUCAUUCCGAUCGUACCUGUACCUAUUACCCUUGAAUCGUGUCUUUCGCCUAAUCGAUUCGAAUACGAAGCAUGAACGUUUCGGAAUCCUGGUGAUUAUGUAAAUCCGUUUUUUGGCAAUGAGCAAUGCAGUGCCGAAUUAUUAUUUGGAUUGUUAACUGUUUUGUUUCUAGUUCGUCAAACACGGGGCAAUUGGACAUGAAUAUCGAAUGAGAAUUGUCCAAUUGCCUUUUACCUUUCAGUCUGUACGUACUUAUCGAUAAUUGAAAAUUGGCACACAUGUAAAAUGUACAAUUAUAGCGAUAGUGAAUUAUAUGUGCUGUAUGUAAAUAUAGAAUCAUGUUAGCAGUAAGUAUACUAGAAAUAAGACAAACGAAUAUCUAUAAUUAUAUGCUUUACGCUUAGAUCGAUGACGAUGAUGUGCCGAGAACAAGUUUCAUUGUAUCUAUCAUACGUAGUUUAAGCCUCAGGGACGUGUAAAUAUAAUCAGAUAAAGUAUGAAACUAGUUUUUACAUUCAAUGUCACGUGUCAAUUUACUGUAAAUAAAUUUUAUGUCAACGUAUAUCAAGUAGUAAUAAAUGUUAGAAAAUAUCGU